AUGUCUGCGACCUUCUCCUUAUCCAAAAGACGCGCCCUGAACACCACCUCAGAAGUGGAGAUGCAACGGAGCAUGGACCUAUUCUCCGCCGCCUGCGAGAACUUUGGGCUGGUUAUCAACACACAGAAGACGCUGGUGAUGCAUCAGCCGCCUCCCAGCUCAGCCACAGCCCCCAACGCGCCGCAAAUCAACGUGAAUGGAACUCAACUGCGAGUGGUAGAGAACUUCCCGUACCUGGGCAGUGCGCUAUCCCGCAACAUCAAGAUCGACGACGAAAUCGCCAACAGGAUCUCGAAAACCAGUCAAGCCUUCGGUCGCCUCCAAAGCACAGUUUGGAAUCGUCAUGGUCUCCAACUGAGCACAAAGCUGAAGAUGUACAAGACCGUCAUCCUGCCGACGCUACAGUACGGAGCGGAGACCUGGACGGUGUACACGAGGCAGGCACGUCGACUAAACCACUUCCACCUCAGCUGUCUCCGCCGCAUCCUGAGGCUGAACUGGCAGGACCGCAUCCCCGACACCGAAGUGCUGGAACGGACGGGAAUUCUGAGCAUCUGCUCCAUGUUGAGACAAAUGCAGCUGCGCUGGAGCGGCCAUCUGGUGCGCAUGCACGACGAGCGACUACCCAAACGACUCUUCUACGGAGACGUCGCGACGGGUUCUCGUCGUCAAGGAGGCCAAAUUCGCCGUUAA